AUAUAUCGAUUUUUCCAUCGAUGUUAGUCCAUCCAAAAUCUGGCCACACUGGCAUUUUGGCAAAAACAGCGGCACUUACGACAGAUUGUAAAAGUUUUCUCUGUUUUUUUGUUCGAGAUCACUCAAAACUAGAAAAAGAGCAUAAUGUCGUUCUCCAAGACUGCCCGUUUGUUGGCCACCCGUGGCGCCCGCAUGGUCCAGUCCCGCAGCUACUCCGACGAGAUGAAGCUGACCUUCGCUGCCGCCAACAAGACAUUCUACGAUGCCGCCGUGGUGCGCCAAAUCGAUGUGCCAUCCUUCUCUGGCUCCUUCGGUAUCCUGGCUAAGCACGUGCCCACCCUCGCUGUCCUGAAGCCCGGAGUGGUCCAGGUGGUGGAGAACGACGGCAAGCUGAUCAAGUUCUUCAUCUCCAGCGGCUCUGUCACCGUCAACGAUGACUCCUCUGUCCAGGUGCUCGCCGAGGAGGCGCACAAUGUCGAGGACAUUGACAUUAACGAGGCUCGCCAGCUGCUUACCAAGUACCAGUCGCAGUUGAGCUCUGCUGGUGACGAGAAGGCCAAGGCUGAGGCUGCCAUCGCCGUGGAAGUCGCCGAGGCGUUAGUCAAGGCUGCCGAAUAGACGUAAUCAACAACAAUAAUAGCAACAACACCACACACACCGCCACCAACAUCCACAAACCGAUGUUUUGUGUCUGAAAUUAAUAAAACAUAAACGAUCCUCUUUAAAAGCAAGGCGUUAUGAAACAAUAAAAAAGCGAAUCAUAA